GCCGUGACACGGGGGUGCCGCCGGGCGGGAGGAGCAUCCUCCGGGGAUCGGGCGAGCCCGUGGCCCUGGAGCGGCGGAGGGCUCAGAGCUGCCCGGGCAGCGGCGCGGACACACGGCGGUGCUGCUGCGGGGGCUCGGUCCCGCCCGUAGGGCUGCCAGAAGCACCGCACACAACCAGCUUGGUGAGGAACUCUGCCCUCUUUAAGUUCUCUUCUAGACAUAACUGCCAGGUAGAUUUUUAACAAUGAACAGUAUUGCCAAAAGCCUUUUGAAAUCGGUUAAACACGGCCAAGCUGCGUGGCUGAGAAGCAGCUCAGCUCGCCCUGGAAAACAGUGCUCUCGGAGGCUGGUUUUGGGAAUAGAGACGAGCUGUGACGACACGGGUGCCGCUGUGGUGGAUGAUGCCGGCUGUGUCCUGGGAGAAGCCCUGCACUGUCAGAAGGAAGUCCAUUUACAAACAGGUGGAAUAAUUCCUGUGGUGGCACAGCAGCUUCACAGAGAAAACAUCGAGCAAGUGGUAGAAGAGGCGCUUCGUGUCAGUGGUGUUUCUGUACCUGAGCUUGCAGCUGUUGCAACUACAGUGAAACCUGGACUUGCUCUAAGCCUUGGGGUGGGGCUGGAGUACAGCCUGGCCUUGGUGAACAGGCACCAGAAGCCAUUCAUACCCAUCCAUCACAUGGAGGCUCACGCGCUGACCGUCAGGCUCACACAUCACCUGGAAUUUCCCUUCUUGGUUCUUUUGGUCUCUGGAGGCCACUGUAUCUUGGCAGUAGCACAAGGAGUGUCAGAUUUCCUUCUACUUGGACAGUCCAUAGAUAUUGCACCAGGUGACAUGCUGGAUAAGGUGGCAAGAAGACUGUCUUUAAGAAAGCACCCAGAGUGCCACAGCAUGGCUGGGGGGCAGGCCAUAGAGCACUUGGCUCAGACUGGAAACCAGGAACAGCUCAUGUUCCGACUGCCCAUGAACCAGUAUCGGAACUGCAACUUCUCUUUCUCUGGACUCCUGAACCUCGUCAAUAAUGCCAUUGCACAAAAAGAAAAAGAAGAAGGUAUUGAGGAAGGUGAGAUCCUGUCCUGCGUUGGGGAUGUCGCUGCUGCCGUCCAGCACGCAGUGGCUGUUCACAUCAUCCAGCGCACCUACCGGGCCAUGCUGUUCUGCACCAAAAACAGCAUCUUGCCACCAAAAAAUGCAACCUUGGUUGUAUCAGGAGGAGUUGCAAGUAAUCAGUAUAUCCGAAAAGGUUUACAGAAUUUGGCAGAAGCAAAUGAUUUUGCUUUACUGUGUCCUCCUCCAAGACUGUGCACUGAUAACGGUGUAAUGAUUGCAUGGAAUGGCAUUGAAAGGUUACGUGCAGGACUCGGUGUUCUACACGGGACCGAUGGCAUCCGCUACGAACCCAAAGCUCCCCUUGGAAUUGAUAUUUCCAAAAGAGUUGAAGAAGAUUCCAUCAAGGUGCCAAAAUUAAAACAGAUACGAUGGUUGGCAUCUUAAAAAGUAACUUAGUAAAUGCAAAUAUAAAUUGUUCAAUAAAAACUGUUUCAAUGCUG